GCUGGGGGGAGGACGAGGUGGGGGGGCCAGCUGGGGGAGGACGCCGCUGGGGCGGGGCCAGCCGGGAGCUCGGCCGAGGGGACUGGGCGGGGCCAGCUGGGCCAGACGUGGCGCUGCGGCCCGCCAUCCCUGCGCCCGGCCAUCCCCGCUCCCAUGGCGCUCCUGCUGCUGCUCGCCGCGCUGGCCGCCGCCACCCCUUUCCGACCCGACUGGACCCGCCUGCAGGGCCUGGCCCGAGCCCGGGUGGAGACUUGUGGGGGCUGACAGCUGAAUCGCCUGAAGGAGGUGAAGGCCUUUGUCACCGAGGACCUCCAGCUCUACCACAACCUGGUGAUGAAGCACCUCCCGGGCGCUGACCCAGAGCUAGUGCUGCUGGGACCCCACUAUGAGGAGCUGGAGCGCAUCCCGCUCAGCGACAUGACCCGGGAGGAGAUCAACGCGCUGGUGCAGGAGCUCGGCUUCUACCGCAAGGCGGCGCCCGACGCGCCCGUCCCCCCGGAGCACCUGCGCGCCCCCGCCCGGGCCGCCCCUGGCGCUGCGGAGCGGCCUGACCUGUAGGCCGGGGUGCUGCUCCCCCGCCCCGCCCCCCUCCACCCCAGCCCGGGGACAGAAUGAAGCGCUCGGCGUCCCGGGAGCACCUCUCUCGCUGAGGGUCGACACCGCGUCCCUGGGCCUGGGGACCCCCACAUCUGUCCCCCCACCCCUGCCCUCCCCCAGCUCCACUAAAGCCCCUUUCUCAGCA